GGCCCAUCUGAGAAACCCUUCUAAAACAUAACACUAAUCCUUCUCCUCUUUGCCUAGCGUCCCUCCACAGCUGCAGCCACACAGCUACACACAACAGUCUCCUGCGUUUCAACGGAAGACCAGGUAAGCAAUGGUUAAGCAUAACAACGUCAUCCCAAGUGGACACUUUCGGAAACAUUGGCAAAACUAUGUGAAGACUUGGUUUAAUCAACCAGCGAGGAAGACCAGAAGACGAUUAGCUCGGCAGAAGAAGGCUGUCAAAAUUUUCCCCAGGCCAACUGCCGGACCUCUCAGGCCCGUAGUUCAUGGUCAGACUUUGAAAUACAACAUGAAAGUCAGAGCUGGGAGAGGAUUUUCUCUUGAGGAAUUGAAGAGUGCUGGAAUUCCAAAAAAACUUGCUCCAACUAUUGGUAUUGCUGUUGAUCAUCGUCGCAAGAACCGUUCUUUGGAGAGUCUGCAGGCCAAUGUGCAGAGACUCAAAACAUACAAGGCCAAGUUGGUUGUGUUCCCAAGACGAGCACGAAAGGUCAAGACUGGUGAUUCUAGUGCUGAGGAACUAGCAAAUGCUACCCAAGUUCAGGGUCCAUUCUUGCCCAUUGUAAGGGAGAAGCCUACUGUUGACCUUGUUAAGGUAACAGAUGAAAUGAAGUCAUUCAAAGCUUACUAUAAGCUUCGUCUUGAACGCACCAACCAACGUCACCAUGGUGCCCGUUUAAAGAAAGCUGCUGAAGCAGAGAAGGAAGACAAAAAAUAGGGUCCUUGAGAAGCCAGUUUGUUAUUCGUAUUAUAGUUUUGAGAAAUUUUUGUUUGAGAUUCUGCACGCUUGGCUUGGGAAGAUCGUUAGUCUUAAAAACGUCAGUCUGUUUUUUCUGGUGAACUCAAGUUUGUUAAUCGAAUUAACACUCUGGUUUGUUAUGAUUAUUUAUUUGAUUUUGUCUUCA